UUUCCUGCUUCUGAGGUUAUUCCCACAGCCUGUUAAUAGGAAGAGGCUAAGCUUAAUCAGGCAGGAAACUACAGCUGUUCUCAAACUGGCUUAAUUUAACUCCCAAGCCUGGGACACAAACAAUCUCUCUGUUCUUACACACACACACACCCAACACACAACUCAGCCUAGUGAUCUCCCAGAAUUCAACAAUCUUUUGAUACAAGAUUCAAAACCAGUCAGAGACACAGAUUGCUGGCCAAGAUGCAGACUCAAGACUCAAGUCAGGAGUCAGCAACUGUUUUAGAGAUAUCAGACCUUUACAGCACCUUGUGUAAUGAUGUGGGCAUCCCCUUCCAUCCGCUCAACAAAUAACUGACCUCCGUUUGAAGAUCUCCAGCAAAGAACCCAUUGCUUUACAUAGUGCCAUGUUGUACUGGCCGCUCAACCAUUCAACCAUUUUCUCAACACCUUCCCUGAAAGGAGAGGUUAGAUAUUGGAUGAAAAUUGUCUAGUAUAGUGAGGUCAGUGAUGACUUCUUGAUCAGGGAGCAAACCAAAGCCUCCUUAAGAUGCAAAGGAAUCUUACUUGCUCAAAAGAAAAAUUGACCACUACCAGAACCUACUCACACAACAGCCUCCCCUCCAAACUGGGCUGCUUCAAGUCAGGAGUGGCACAGAUCUAAAGGGCAGGUAAACAUUUUAUGAUAUUACAAAUUGCUUUUCUAGUUGUGUAACUCAUUAUGGAGCACAUUCUAACAAGUCCCUUGGUAAUUUUAAACUUUGUAUUGAUUCCUCUUAUCAAAAUGAAUAAAUGUGCUGUGUCAGUGUUUUCAUCAACAGCUAAUAAAUGAGAAAUUUCUUUAAUUUCUCAGCUAACUGAUCAGUAAGUCUGGAAAAAAAUGUCAGCUUUCUUUUUUUUUUAACAGUCAUUUGGGAUUAGCUAUUAUCAACAAUUUCUUUAUUUUCUGGGCAUAACCUAGACACAGCAAUCUGUAUACGUGUCUUGAAAAGUUGCCUUCUGUAAAACAUUUUCUGAAAAUUUUCCUUGCAACUUUAAAGGUCACUUAAGUAAAAUAGCAAUUUUAAUGUUUCCCCCCCCCAUUAGUCUUUUUGCCUCUAAAUAUAUAAACACAAGACAUACAAUUUUCUUCAGUUGAGAAAUAUUGAUUUGUUCAUUCUGCACUAAAAACUUUAUGUUCCUAUUCAAUUUUCCUCACAAAACCUAUGGCUAUGUGAUUUUAAAAAACACUCAAAAUCAUUAAUUUAUUUAAGAAAAAGAGUAUCUACCUUUAUUAAACCCAUGGAUGUAGAACCAGUAACAUAAAAAAUGUAUGUAAAAGUUAACAUGCAGAAAAAAUAACCAUGCAUUAAGGUAAAAAAUAUAUAUAAUCGACAAUGAAUUGAUCAUAUCUCCAAUUUUCUGCUAAGAAAAAGCACAUGUAUUAAUUAGUUAAAUAAUGUCUUGGACCAUAAUCAGAACAGCACGCUUCUAUUUCAUUUACUUUGAGCAUGCUCUAUUCAAAAUCAAAUUGUGCCUAAAUGCCUUGGGGCAUUUAAUUCAUUAAAUAAUUCAACAGUAAGAAUAGUUGAUCAACUCAGGACUGGCAUUCUACACUAGCAGCCUCAGACAGCAGAGACAACACCAGUGCCUCCUAUGGCUCCAAUAAUUCCAAUUCCACGAGGAGUUAAAAUUCUUUCCAUCACUAGUUAAAAUUCCAUCUAUUCUUGUAAUUCAUUUUCUAUCACUGCUCCAGAAAGAGUAAGCUACUUAAGCUCUUUUGAAAGUUUAGUGCAGGGUAGGCAACCUUGGCUUUUAUGACUCAUGGACUUUAACUCCCAUCUCCCUUUUCCCUCAGCAUGGCUGGCUCAGGAAUUCUGGGAGUUGAAGUCCAUGCGUCAUAAAAGAGCCAAGGUUGCCUACCUCUGGUUUAAUGCAAUAGCUCAGAGUGAAAUAGUUACUUGUGAACAGUAACAGAACAGAAUGUAGUCAUAAUUUCAUCUAAAUCUAUGUUCUUCACUGAAAGUAAGAAAAUGGCAUAAUUCUUUCUCAACAGGAGAGGAUGCAGAUCCUGCCCCGCCCGUUUCUUCAGGGGAAGGAUUUGAGCAUAGGGAGGAGGGAAAUAGCAAAUUGGCCAGUAAGUAGGAGACGCCUACUCUUGGCUGUGCCUCUUACCUCAAUCAAUCUUUAUUACGGUCACAGAGCAGCAAAUAAAAGCAUUAAAUAAUAAUAAUAAUACUAAGAAACAAAAAUAAGACACACAGAAUAAUAUAUUGCAAUUGUGGAUUAACAGUGGGCAGCAAAUAAAAGCAUUAAAACAAUAGUAAAAAAAUAAAGACAGAAUAAUACAUUGCAAUUGGUGGUGGAUUAACAGAGGGCAGUUAAAAUUUGCCUAAUUUUACAUACAGCAUAGCAGAAUUUGGCCAUAGUACCUCACACUGAUCUGAUAACAGUAGCUGAACAUAACAAUAUUUCCUGGAUAUUUUAUUAGGCAAGGUGUUAUAAACUGAGUCCGUGAGUCCGUAUAGAUUAGAUGCAGUACAGAAGAACGAGAGCUAAUUUCAGAGGCACAAUGUCAGCUCAUAUAUUUUUUUGUAUCACCCUCUCCCCCCAAAAGUGCGUCGCAGCACGGAUGCCCCUUACUUCAAGGGCACAAGAUUGGACUCAGAUUGCCUCCUUUUAAAAACUUAAUAGGCUGCAAGCGGAGUGCAAAUCGUCGCCCUUAGUGGAAAUAACAAUACACCACCCAUGUAGAAAUUAAAAGAGCGAGCUCCGGUUACCCGGAUAGCACCGCUUGCUUUUUCUCAUGGUGCAAAGCAUGUAAAAUCAAGAGGCAAAGGGAUCAAAGGCGUGACGCCGCUGAUUCUCGCCCCCCACCUCUCAAUUUAGACUUUCUCACUUCAAUUAAAGCGAACGUGACUCCUUCGCACAGAACUGAUUCUUUCUAUAAGGCUGCUUCCCCCCCCCCGAUACGCGUAGAUCUUCUCCUAGCCCUGCUACUUUCCUAUCUCGAACUAUCGUGCGCGCUGGCCACCCCCGAGACGAACCGCUCCACCUUCUUCGGGGACUGUGGAAGCUGACAGAACUACCGCCGCAGAAGAGCUCGAAACCGUCUCAGGUAACCCCUCCUCUGCCCUGGUCCAGCCCCGCCUUAUUAAGCGGAGGGGGGGGGGAGAGAGAGAUGGAGUGGGCCGCGACAGGAAUAAUGCUGGGAAGAGGAAGCAGGCAAACGCUCCCAGGCGGCAACAGCGGAGAGAAUAGUGCCUGGAGGGGUCACGAACUGUGACCUUUCGCCAAAAGGCACCAGCUUUCUCCCUCCCCCCCCACCGACCAACACUCUUCCUGCCCCCCCCCCCGGUCUACGCGCAAGGCUCACUAACCCCUUCGGUGCCGCUAUCUCCGCCUUCCGCUCCCCCUCCUUGGCGGAAGGCGGUGGCGGCGGGGGGGGGCUUCAUGAACCAGGCCCAGCGAGCCGUUACGAGGAAGCCACAACCAAGCUAGCUUCGCCCCAAAUCCUGAGGUUCUCUAAUGAUCUUUCACCAUGGCAACCAAUAUGGAGGUGCUGGCUCAACAAAUAGUGGAGACACAGCAGGUGGCUGAGCUCGCUUGUUGAAAUUGAAAACAUGCUGCUUGGCGACGGCCUGCAGGAACCCUACUGAGGGCGCGUGAAGAGCACAGGCGCAGAGCGAGGCCCCGCCCUCCCCAGGGACUUGUGUAGGAUCCGUGUCGCCCUUCUCCCCCUUCUUCAGAAGCAAGCACGAGCCUGAAGGGGACAGAAGCAUCCACUCACAGGUCCAAGCUGUCCAGUCAACUUUAUCUGAAAAUCCAGUGAUGACCAGCCCUUCCCAGCGCAUCCAGAUAAUCUCCACAGAUUCCACUGUAUCAUCACCACAGCGUAUUCAGAUUGUCACAGAUCAACAAACAGGGCAGAAAAUUCAAAUAGUGACAGCAGUGGAUUCAUCAGUAAACCCAAAGCAACAAUUUAUACUUGCUAGUCCAGAUGGUACUGGAACAGGGAAAGUAAUAUUAGCUGCACCUGAGACUUCUAAUACCAAGCAACUUAUUUUUACCACCACAGAUAAUAUUGUGCCAGGCAGAAUACAGAUUGUCACUGACUCUGCCUCUGUGGAACGUUUGUUGGCUAAAACUGAUGUCCAGCGGCCACAAGUAGUAGAGUACUGUGUUGUCUGUGGAGACAAAGCAUCAGGUCGUCAUUAUGGUGCUGUCAGUUGUGAAGGAUGCAAAGGCUUUUUUAAAAGAAGUGUGAGGAAAAAUCUGACAUAUAGUUGCCGUAGCAACCAAGAUUGUAUCAUCAAUAAACACCAUCGGAAUCGUUGCCAAUUUUGUCGGCUCAAAAAAUGCCUUGAGAUGGGAAUGAAAAUGGAAUCUGUGCAGAGUGAAAGGAAGCCUUUUGAUGUACAGCGUGAGAAACCAACCAAUUGUGCUGCUUCGACAGAAAAAAUAUAUAUUAGAAAGGACUUAAGAAGUCCUCUGAUUGCAACCCCAACAUUUGUUGCAGAUAAAGAUGGGGCUAGAUCAGCCAGUCUUCUUGAUUCAGGGAUGCUUGUAAACAUUCAGCAGCCAUUAAUACGGGAUGAUGGUACAGUGCUACUUGCUACAGAUCCCAAGGCUGAGACAAGCCAAGGUGCUUUGGGAACACUAGCAAAUGUUGUAACUUCAAUUGCCAGCCUUAACGAAUCUCUUAAUAAUGGAGAUACUUCAGAAGUUCCACAAGAAGACCAAUCUGCAAGUGAGAUUACUCGGGCGUUUGAUACUUUGGCUAAAGCACUUAAUACUACAGAUGGUGCCACAGCAGAGAACUUAGCCGAUGGGAUGGAUCCCACAGGUGGUGGAAAUAUUCAUGUCAUCAGCAGGGAUCAGUCCACUCCAAUCAUUGAAGUUGAAGGACCUCUCCUUACGGAUACUCAUGUGACAUUUAAGUUAACUAUGCCUAGCCCAAUGCCAGAGUACCUGAAUGUGCAUUACAUUUGUGAGUCUGCGUCACGAUUACUUUUUCUUUCCAUGCAUUGGGCCAGAUCCAUUCCAGCUUUUCAAGCACUGGGGCAAGACUGCAAUACAAGCCUUGUGCGUGCCUGUUGGAAUGAGCUCUUUACUUUAGGCCUAGCCCAGUGUGCACAAGUGAUGAGCUUGUCAACUAUCUUAGCAGCCAUUGUCAACCAUUUGCAGAACAGCAUACAGGAAGAUAAACUUUCUGGAGAUCGAAUAAAACAAGUGAUGGAACACAUUUGGAAACUCCAGGAGUUUUGUAACAGUAUGGCUAAACUUGAUAUUGAUGGAUAUGAAUAUGCUUAUCUUAAAGCUAUAGUCCUCUUUAGUCCUGAUCACCCUGGUCUCACAAGUUCCAGCCAAAUUGAGAAAUUCCAGGAAAAAGCUCAAAUGGAAUUGCAAGACUAUAUUCAAAAAACUUAUCCAGAAGAUACUUACAGGCUAGCUCGAGUUCUAGUUCGCCUGCCAGCUCUUAGACUGAUGAGCUCCAGCAUUACAGAAGAACUCUUUUUUACUGGCCUCAUUGGAAAUGUUCCAAUUGACAGCAUCAUCCCCUACAUCCUGAAAAUGGAAACGGCAGAGUACAAUGGUCAAAUAACAGGAUCGUCCUCGUAGAAGGAAUCAGCUCAUCCUGGUGGACCUGAAUGCUAAUUUACUGAUUCCUUGGGAUAAGGUGUACAAAUAUUUUCAACACUUUUCAUUUUCUUGUUAAAAAUUCUUUUAUUUAAAAACUAGGUUAAAAAAACCUACAGUACUUUUUUCUAGAGCAGAACAAAUAUUUGAAUUUCUUUUCCUGAAAGGCUACAGUGAAUUGAUAAACAUGUCUUUAAUAUGUCUUUUUAUUUAAGCAUUAUCAAUGAGCGCACUGUAGCUUCUCUUCUCUUAUGACAGAGUACUCAUUAAAAGGAAGUAUAUUCAGAACUUUAGCUUGGAUCCAAAAGGCUCCAAGAUAUCUUCUGCAAAGGGACUGCCCUCCCCCCCCCAUUGCAGCCCUUAUUCUCUUCCCCCUCCCUCCCAAAAAAUUGCCACUCCAGAACAGCAUGAAGCAUGUCAUGCUAUAGUUUGUUGGAGAAAAAAAAAUGUUUACAAGAUUCCUUUGAACAAACAGAGGGCUUUGCUGGAAAUGUACUUUGAAUUCAGUCCAUAUUGUGUGCAUACAUGCUCACUCACACACAUGCGGAUAAUUUUAAAUUAGCAAGAUGUAGGAAUGGUCAGCACUUCCAAAUAAUGUUUUAUGAAAGUAAGACGUUACCUUCAUAAUCCUGCUUCUCUGAAUAAAAUAAAUGAAUAGCAUUUUAAUUACAAAUGUAUACUAAUGAUUUCUAUGAAAACUUACAGCCAUGACAGACAAUCAUUUAUGCUACAAAAGUUUUAAUUGCAUAUGUUUAUUAAUACCAUGAUUCUUUUAAGGAAGUUUGAAUUAAAUUCUGCUAAACGAAUAGAAAUGCUUAUAGCAUAGGAAAAGCAUAAUGUUUAUGGCUCAACUGUAAACUUGAUAGAUUCUAUAAAAGUUAUUUCCACUGAAAAAUAGCACACUACUUAUAGUGAGGCACCUCUGAGAAUUUUAAGAUGUUUUGUGUUUGUUUGCCAAUAGUUUUGUUUUUUUUUAAAAAAAAAAAUUGGGACACAUCCAUCACUUUAAGUAAGAACCACAUGCCUUUUAUGGAUAGAUCAACUUAAGAAACAAAUUUCAUACUCAUUCCUUCUGAGAAUGACUCAUUCCUUCUAGGAAGACUGACUUUGGCACAGUUCUAAGAUCACUAAAUUAGUGAGGAAUCUAUUGAUUACUGAGAUGUUGCUUUUCUCUGGCAAAGAAAUCCUACAAUCAGUUUGGAGCAUUCCAGUAACAAGUGGUUCAAUAUUCCUAAUGAUCUGCCAAAACAGUCUUAGAAAGGCAGGAUGAAAGCAAGAAGGAGCUGUAGUAGUAGUAGCAGUGAAAGGGAAUACACAUAGACCAGGGGUUCUCAACCUUGGCAACUUUAAGACUUGUGGACUUCAGCUCCCAGAAUUCCUCAGCCAGCUUAGACAUAGACUAACUUCUAUGCCAGCCCCUGACAUAGACUAACUUCUGGGCUUUCGGUCAAUGUUUGGCAAUGUGGCAGAGGGUUCAGCUACAACAGAUCCUGGGUUCUGCCUAAUCUGGUCACCAGAGUAUGGUACAAUAUCACAGCAGGGAAGCUUCUUAUAGUCCCUACAACAGUCCUCCAUGGAACCAUCAAGUUGUAUUCUAAGAAUUCAGAUUCUAAUUCAUUCAUUUUCUCACAGCCUGCAAUCCAACUUAUGUUCUGAAACAUAUGACAUCAUUUCUAUAGAAAUGGUGUCCAUCGUAUAGAAAAAAAAGAUUUAUUUAUAUUAUACUCUUAUCUGUUUUCUCAAUGUUGCAUAUGUCCUGGAAUUAUUCAGAAUCUGAUAAGAAACCACCUGGAGUCAUGGUACUAAAAAUGCCAUGUACAAUGAAUGAUCUGUCAAAAUAUUAAGGCUGGCCAAUUCUACUUGUAUGCAGUACUGCUUUUAGAUUUCAUAUUAUAUUGUACAAUACUUCUGUAUUUCAAAUCACAGUUGUAAUUUUUAUUUCAUACCUGUAUCACUUUUUUUUCAAAUUGGCUUUUAUAUGAAAACAUAUUUCAACAAGUGUGUCAUUUAUACUCAUUUUUAAGUAUAUGGGUGGUUUCAGUGAGCAUUUUAGUAGAGGCAUUUUAUAGUGGUUAUUUUAUAGACUUUAAUAGACGCAGGUACCAAUGAAGAAUAAGAAAGGUUAGUACAAUUUAAUAGAUGAACAGGCCAUUGCAUAAGUAAUGUAGUCUUACAGUUCUCUUUCCUCAGAAAACAUCACUGAGCUCAGUGGUGCUUACUUCCAGUAUAUGUUUAUACUGCAUAAUUAUAAUUCAUUCAGCAAAUUCCUAGGUAUACUCAAAUCUUUUAUAUUUACCAUUCUUUCAUUAACUUCAACUUAAUUCAUAAAACACUGUGACACAGAAGCUGAGUUAGCAUAUUCCCUGAUUUUGCUUAAAUAGGAACUUAACAUAUUUUGCACUGGAAAUACAUUCAGUAGGACUAUGACUAUAGAUGCAUUGUAAAGUACUAGAAAGCUAGCUGUAGCUGUUAUAUAAUAUGUGUAAUACUAUAUUUUUAAAGUAGCAAGAUCAGUUGGAAAUAGAAUUCUGUCUGUCCUGGAUCAUAGCUUUAAACUAAUUACAGGCCAAAUUUAUAAAGUUAAAAAAUUGGAUGAGGAAAUAGUAAACAACUGAAAUUAUGGUUUAGCUCAAUUUUUAUGAAAUCUGCAGAACAAAUUAUGUACACUAUUUUUAUUGUGAAAAUUUAUAACGCUAAUAUAUAUUAAUAGAUAUUGUUUUACAUACUAUCCUGGUUGGUAUGGUGACAUAUAUAUUUUUAAAACUAUUAGAGUAUGUAUAAUAUUUAAUUAUGCAUAUCUAAUUUAAAAUGUGCAAUUUGAAUAAUAUAAAAAUAGUAUAGUUUUAAAAAUAAGUCAAUGCAAAAAAAAUAGUUUGCUGAAUUCUGUAUCAGGUUAGAUCCUCCACAAACCAUUAAUAAGAUAUUAAUUUCCUUCUCUUGUAUUAAGUUGAAUAAAACUAGUUUACAUCACUUGUUUUACUGAUCUAGAAUUUGGAUCAAGCCAAAAUACAUUUUAAAUAGCACUAUUUUAAUCACAUUGAGAUGCAAUAUUUCAAUUAUUUUGCAUUCUUUAUUUAUUUACUUCCCAUCUCACCUAGCUAGCAUAUUAUUAUAGAAAUGUUUCUCCAGUUUUUCAUUGUCAUAGUAGAGAUACGUAGUAGAUCUCACAACUACGGUAGGAAUGAUUUUUAUAUUUAUGCUUUGCACUGUGCCCAAAACACCAAGCAUUUUUUUUUUUACUUUUAAGUUUGGGAGAAGAUAUUGUAUAAUGAACUCUUUCAACCUUUUUAAACUUUUAUAAGAGCACUAGAAAGUUUUCGAAGCCUCUAGAAUUUAUACUUCCCAUUUUCAAGGAAGGAAAUGCUGCAUCAGAAAAAGGACAUGCAAUAUAGGCCAUCCUUCAUCUUGCUCAACCUGUUGGAAUAUGUUUUCUGAACAUAAUCUUCUUUUUAAAAGUGUAAUCAUUACUCUUCCUUAUGCGCACACUAAAAACGUCUCAGUGUGUUUGAAAGAGUUUUGCUUUAGUUUUUCAGAUGGGAGCAGCUGCCAGUAUACUUCGAGAAACAAUAUUGAUUUGGGUGCAUGUAGAAAGAAACACGACUCUGCACUGAGAAACCAUUAUUCAGACAGAAAAUAAAAAUUAGUCUUUUGUUUCCCUGUGUUGGAAUCGAUUAGGUUCUAUCCAAUAUCACAGAAUAGAAGUUACUCUGCUUCUCCUUUAUUUGCAUUUUCCAGAUCUGCUUUGGAGUUCUGCAGAUCUUCUACAGCAGAUUUGCAGAGCUGCUUUGAGAGAAUGAAUGCUGUGUAUUCCCUGGGCCGAGAUAUAUAGUUUGGUCAGUGGAUAAUUAUUCUUGGGUCACGUUAUCAGUGAAAGCAGUGGAGGUUUGCCUAGUUGGUGUCAUAUAAUCCUGACCCUUUGUAAUUUGAAUUUAAAAUAAUUCUUGAAGGAUGUUUUAUCAUGAAAUCAUAGCACUUUUAAAAUUUGUCAGUAAGAGGACAUUUUAAUGUAAUAUCUAUUUCUCUGAAGGUGGAUAUUUGGCAUGAUUACUGUUACCAAGCACACUUAUUUGAAAGCAAGUUCUCUCAGAUUACUGAGAUUUAAAUAAGCAUGUAAAGGAUCUGCAUUUAAAAGACAUCCUGAGGGGAUGAUCUGUUGAUAAAUUGGAUUUAGGAAUUUUAAUUUAUUUCAGUGGACUUGGACAUGCAUGACAAUAAAACUAAAGUCUCCUUGCUAUGGGAGAACCUAUAUGGCAGCUGACAAACCAUUAAAUAAUACAAUUUCCUUGAAGAUUAGCUUGUAUUGAAUUAGAUAAAAGUAAAAAUCGUAAUUUUAAGUAUGCAUCCUUAAGUGGGUUUUAUUUUCAAAAAUAAUUAGGUAUGUCAUUUAGAGUUGAGUUCGAUUAUGCCAUAUAACAGGAAAAGAGAUUUUUAAAAAUCUUAAAAAGACUUGACCAAGCUCUUAAGCGCAAUCAAAAUAGUGCUUUGGAUGCUGGCCAUAUUUAUUUGUUUGUAUGAUGUUUAUGUGUUAGUUUCUAACAUUGUUCAGUACAUGUACAGUGUAAUAUAAAAUGUUUAUGUAUGUAUGUAAAAUUAUGUACAGUCAUACUCAUAUAUAUAUAUGUAUACACCAGAUUUCUAUGUUAAAAAAAGAUUUAUAAAUGCAUUGCAAAGCUUGAGCUUCCUACAUUUUAUAUUUAGUUCAAAGCUUGAUAUAAACAUAUGCCUCCCUCUCCUUUUUCUCAGUAGGGUGGGCUGAUGUUUUUAAACCUAGGAUGUAAUUGCACUUUGUCUUAUAUACUGAAAGAAAUUAUCUAAUAGUUCCAAUUUUAUUUGUUAAUAUUCAGAAGCCUAGCUGAAAAUUAUGGAGAUUGUGCAGUGACAGUGGUGGUGAACUGUGGACCAUAAACCUUUCUGUAUAUUCUCAAUGCCUGCAAAAGAGGCUGUUUGUAUUUUUUCCUGAGCUUUUCUUUUGUAUAGUUGUCUUUUUCAGCAUAUACAUUUUGAUCAUUGUAUGUUUUAAUGUUGUCAUCCCUUCCAAGUUGAUGAUUAAAAUGAACAAGGCUGUCACACAACAGAUGAGUCUUAAUUUUAUAUUGUUAAAUGAGCAUAAGGCAAAACGCUGUGUCAUGAAUGCACUAACUGAUUCAGAUAUGAUAUCUUCUACUUCUGCUUUUCUUUUUUGAGGAGAAACUGGCAAAAAUGACCAUCUUAAAUUUUAAGUUUUUGAAUGGACAAAUGGUAUGAAAUGCUACCACUUGUAAUAGCAUCUCCUAUCACUUCAUGCUACCAGUGAAGUCUUGGAGGAUGUUUUCAAGUAAGCUCUGAAGGGGGCGGAGAUGUUGUCAGAUCAUUUGGCCAGAAGUUGCAUGUAAAACAUUCAGUGAUGCUAUACAAUGGGCUCCAUAAAUAACAAUAAUUUUAAUAAGGGAGAAGUACCGGUACUCCUGUAUAUAAGCUCUAUACUGGGAAAUUGUACUAUAUGGAAAACUGCAUUUUUUUCUGUCUUUCUUGAAAAUUCAGAUAGUUUGCAGUGCAUGGAGAGGCAGGGCUUGAUGGGAAACUUGCAUUUUUUCCCCUUUUAAAACAGCUUUUUUCUUCCAUACCUUGACAACUACUUCCAAGUAUGGUUAAAGAAGAGGGUUGAAAUCCUGCUCUCGAGCAUUGUGAAGAUCACUUUUCAUGGAACCAUAUAGAGAAAAAUUGUGAAAAUGAAUGCUGCUGAUAAAGUUACAUAUAGUAUGACAUUUGCCUAAUUGGGCACUUAAAAGACCUGAGUUGUAACUGAAA